AUGCUUGAAACUCACCUGUAUCCUACCCACCGUUGCCCUGCUUGCAACAAGGCCUUCAUUUCUGCAGCAGCCAUGCAUGAUCACCGUUGUCAGUCUGGAAGCAAGCACCAGAAUUCCUGCCAUGUUUGUGGGAAGGAGUUCAAAUUCCCUUACUACCUAGCACGGCACCGUCUGACCCACAGCAGGCAAAAAUCCUUCCAGUGCCAAUUUUGCCAUAAAAAAUUUAGCCGUCCUGUAAUUCGGGCCUGCCACAAAUGUACCCAAAGUGCCAAGCAUUCCCCAGGUGGCACUGGCAGCUCCCAGCCCUUCCAAGAGCGGGGUCAAUUUCCCCCUCAACAAGAAUUGCACAAGGAGGAGGUAGUGGCAGCAAAAGUUGGCAUUAACAACACCGCGACUUCCUCUUCUGCUAUCCCCAGUCAAAAGCAGGUACUCCUGCUGGAAGACUGGACCUUGCUAUGCCUCAAGUGCAAUGAGGCUUUUGAGACCAAGGGGGAGUUAAAGGCCCACAAGUGUUUCAAAGGGGUGGCAAGCCAAGAUGGCGCCAAGCAGGACGGACCUAAGCAGCACCAGUGUAGCAUUUGCCACAAGAACUUUGCCCGACCUUGGUCGCUAUCACGGCAUUACGUGGUCCAUACUGGUGACAAGCCAUUCUCUUGCCCUGAGUGUGGAAUGGCCUUCCGCCUCUCUUCCUACCUCAGGCAACACAGCCGGAUGCAUGCAGCCAGUGGGGACUGCCCUCUGCUCCAUCAGGCCAACACCCAGGAAGGAGAAGCAGCGUCCCCCCCUUUCACUUCCUCUCCCGCUGGGCCACCUCCCAAGAAGGCCUACAAAUGCAGCGUUUGCUGUAAGCCCUUCAAGAGCAAAUAUGACCUGGCCACGCACUUCCUCAUCCACACUGGAGCUCUGCCUUUCCAGUGCAGCCGCUGCGGGAAGCGCUUCCGCCGCCAUUCACACCUCAAACAGCACGACGUGACGCACACAGUCGCUCGCCCAUUCCAGUGCGUCAUGUGCCAGAAGGAGUUCAAACGCCUGGCCGACUUAGCUCGUCACCGGCAAGUCCAUGAGGGAGACAAACCUCACCAGUGCGGGGUCUGCCACAAGUUUUUCUCCCGCUCGUACAGUCUGCUGAGGCACCAGCGAUGCCACCUGUCAGAAACGGCUGUCGUCGCCCAUCCUGAAGAUUACCUCAGCAACUCCUGCUUUGACAGUCAGGAUCACUCGGCCUUCCUGACACACCAGGAGAGGGAGGAUGAAGACGAGGGGGAGGAAGAUCUGAGAAGCUCCAGGGAGGCUUCGUGUAGCUCAUGA